AUGGAAGGCGUUGAAGAAUACUCCGCGAGCCGACAUUCAUACCGCGAAAGAUCCAGGGAAAGAUCCAGGGAAAGACGUCGAAGCAGGAGUCGAAGUCCGUGGAGGAGAGAUAGAGACCGGGAACGAGACAAGGGACGGGACAGGGACAGGAGCAGAGACCGCGAUUCGGAAAGCAGGCACAGAAAACGUCGAAAACACGAUUCCGACGAGUCUGAAGGAGAAGACAGGAAGCAUAGGAAACACAAGAAGAAGAAGGAUAAGGGGAAGGACAGAGAUAAACGAGACUACUCUGACGAUGAAGAGCGCCGACAUCGCAAAAAGCACAGGAAGCAUAGGGACGAUGGAAGCGACGACGAGGACCGACACCGGAAGCAUAAACACAAGAAGGAUAAGGACAAGGAACACAAGAAGAAGCCAAAGGAGAUCGAUACAGAGCAGCGCAUGCAGAUAAUCGACCACGACAAGGACCCCAAGAUGUGGGUGGAGAAGGAUAUCACCAUGGACGGUCAACGAGUCUUAGCGACAGACAUACCAACGGCAGAAAGCCUUGAAAUUGUCUCCACCGCAGACGAACGUGCAGCACAAGCCGAGCUGCCUCCAACGACCACCGUUGAAUCCAAACUGAAACGUGAUGACUGGAUGCUGGCACCUCCCUCAAUACUCACUGUUCCCUCCGACGGACCCUCUUCAUUGAGAAGCCAGCAAUCUUUGACCGAAGACUAUGGUGAACCAUCAAGUGGAGCGCGCAAUAUGUCCGGUGGGGUCAACUUCUUCUCAAGCCUUGGCACAGAACACAGGAAGAAGAAUCCCAAACCUGACAAACCAAAUCCCGACCAUCCCGUCGUUCACCAUAAAGAACUUAACCCCGACAUACGGGAAGGCAAAGUGCCUACUUUCGAUGACGAGCCACCACCCCCACCACCCAAGAACGUUCCUGGCGGCCCAGGCUCUUCCUGGCGCAUGAUGCGCCUCAGAAAAUGCUACGAAACCGCCGAGGAAGAAGGUCGACCCGUUGAAGAAGUCGGUAUCGAGCGGUUCGGUUCCCUCGAGGCCUUUGAAGAGGCCAAAGAGGAGCGGCGAAUUCUCGACGAACGGCAAGGUCGCAAAACCGAGCGUGAAAAGGAAAGGGGAAGGCCUUCGGAGAGAGACAAUAGAGGCGGGGAGAAGGGGUUCAUGUUUACUGAGAUGGGGGAUAGCACUGGGUCGAGUCGCAGCUCGUCGUUCAAACGUCCUGGGCAGGCCAGUCAGAGUGGACCGUCGACACCUGGUGUUAUGCCGGCCAACAAACGCCUAGACUCACUCCGCCUCCCAUCUCAAGCCAACUCCCCGCUCCAGCAAUCCCAUACUCCUAUCCCCUCAGUAUUGACCCCUCCCCCUCUGGCCUCUGGAUCUCGCGGCGGCAGCUGCGGAGGACGCGCCCUCUCACCUUCCUCCCUCAAUAAAUUACAAGCCAAGGUCCUCCGGGCCAAGCUUAUGGGUGCGCCCGACGCGGAAAAGCUCGAGAAAGAGUACGAGGCCGAAGCCCGCAAGGCCCAAGGUCAAUUCGACGAGAAAUCGGGUGUACGGACUAAAGUUGAGGCUUUACCCACUAUUGAUGUUCGCGGUCGUCUCUACGACGUUGGCACCGGUAGAAAGGACGACGAUGAAGAGGAGAGACGGCCUGGCAAUAGGAGGAAGAAGGAACCCAAGUUCGAGACGCACGACAGGAAGACUGGGGAGGUCAUCAGAAUCAAUCCGGAUGAUGAUGAGAUGACGCUGGGUGAAAUGUUGAGGCAGGAAAAGUUCGGUGCCGGUAUGGCAGACCAAAAGAAUUUGAACGCCCAAUUUGCGAAGGCUAUCAUGGGGGAUGGCAAAUUUGAGAACGAUCUUGAUUAUCUCGAUGAAAACGCGGAGAGGUUGAGUAGGCAGAAGAUGCGGUCUGACGCAAUGAAGCGUCAGUUUGCUAUUCAUGACUACAAGCGAACGCAAAGGGUCCUGGCUUCAUGUCCCUACUGCUAUGGGGAGGAUGAUUCGCUACCCAAAGCGCCAAUAGUGGCGAUGGGGACGCGGGUUUAUCUGUCUUGUACAUUAACAGAGGAACUCGUUCCUGGUCAUUGUCUCAUCGUUCCUAUCCAACAUCAUCUGUGUAUGCUUGAAGGCGACGAUGACGUCUGGGACGAAGUCAGGAACUUUAUGAAGUGCCUGAUGCGGAUGUUCGCAGAAGAAGACAAGGGCGUGAUAUUCUACGAGACUGUGAUCAGUCUCAAACGGCAACACCACACCGUUAUCGAAUGCGUGCCCCUCCCUUGGGACAUCUACGACCUCAUCCCGCAGUACUUCAAGGAAUCGAUUCUUGCUUCCGAAGCGGAGUGGUCGCAACACAAGAAACUCAUCGACUUUUCCGCCCGACCAGGUGGUUUCCGACGCGCCAUGGUCCCCGAUCUACCCUACUUCAUGGUUCAAUUCGACCAUAAAGGCGAGAAGGGGUACGGGCAUGUUAUCGAAGGGACUGCAGAUGCCAUGGAACAUGAAGAUGGAUUGGAAGAGGGCGAAAAGGGCGGCGGAGAAUUCCCUCCCUACUUUGCAGGGGAGAUCAUUGGAAAUGUUCUCGACUUGGAGCCCAGGAAGUGGAGGCGCCCUAGAAAGAUCCCACUCAGUAGCAACAAGGAGAGGGUCGCUGGGUUUAAAGCCAAGUACGAGAAGUUCGACUGGACGGGGAUGAUUGGAAGUCGAUAG